AUGUCUCCCACCACAAACGACCUCGUCCUCCCGCGCCCCGGCGCCACGCUCGGCGCACCACAACCCCCCAUCCCCGGCCCCACCGAAACCGCCUUCACCACCACCUUCGGCGCGCUCCUCCCCCCCGCCAAAUUCCUCACCACGCCCACCGGCAAAGCCGCGUACUACGAGAUCCCGCCCUCCACCACCUCUUCUCCCCCCACCCCCUCCCCCAGCGCAACCACCACACCGGACCGCGUCCUCCUCAUCCACGGCGUGCAAACCCCAGCCCUGGGCAUGCUCCCGCUCGCCCGCGCGCUCCACGCAUCUUUCCCGCACGCGCACCUCGCCCUCGUCGACCUCUGGGGCCACGGGCUGAGCGACACGCCCAUCGUCCCGCACGACGCCGCGUUGUUCCACGGACUCAUCGACGCCGUGCUCGAUGCGCUGGCGUGGCCGGCUGCGCAUCUGAUUGGUUUCUCGUUCGGCGGCGCGCUGACGGUCGGCUACGUCGGCUCGCGGCCGGAGCGCGUAAAGAGCUACGCGCUCGUCGCGCCGGCGGGGCUGAUUCGGUCGUCCGGGUUUCCGGUUGACGAGCAGCGGUAUCUGCGGCGGGGAGGGGAGGGGGAGGAAGAGGUGGAUGAGGUCGCGGCGCGGGACUGGGUGCUGCGGGUGCUGGAGGGCGGGGAGCUGCGCGUGCCGGGGGAUUGGGAGGAGCGGGUUGCGCGGGGCGAGGUGGUGGCGGAGGCGGUGCGCGGGUGGCAGAUGCGGGAGCACCGGGGCCACACGGCGUCGGUUGUUGCGGUUUUUAGGGACGGCGGGGUUAUGGACGGGGAGGCGGAGUUUGUGAGGGCGGCUGAGACGGGGAUUCCGGCGGUGGUGGUGUUGGGGGGGUUGGAUGAUUUGUGUACGGAGGAGGAGUUGAAGGAGCUGGGGUUUAAGGAUGUUCAUGUUGUGCCGCAGGUUGGGCAUGGGGUGGUGAGGGAGAGGGUGCCCGAGGUUGCUGGGUUUAUUGGCGGUUUUUGGAAGAAGCUGGAUGAGGUCAAGAGCAGCUGA